AUGAGCUCGGCACAGGAGAUGAAGCGCAUGGAGAACAUGUCCAGUCUGCUCCACGGCAGCGUUCCCGAGGACUUCCAGAGGCUGGAGCCCAAGUCGGAAAGGGAAGCGGCGGAGCAGCCCUGGGAGAUGGUCAUGGACAAGAAGCACUUCAGGCUCUGGCGGCGGCCGAUCGAGGGCACCCACUUGUAUCAGUACCGGGUAUUUGGGACGUACACGGAUGUGACUCCCAGGCAGUUCUUCAACGUGCAGCUGGACACUGAGUAUCGGAAGAAGUGGGACUCGCUGGUCAUCAAGCUGGAUGUCAUCGAGCGGGACCUGGCCACGGGCUCGGAAGUGAUCCACUGGGUAACUCACUUCCCGUACCCGAUGUACUCACGGGACUACGUGUACGUGCGGCGGUACCGCGUGGACAAGGAGAACAACAUGAUGGUGCUGGUGUCGCGGGCCGUGGAGCACCCGAGCGUCCCAGAAGAUCCCGAGUACGUCCGGGUCCGAACCUACGAGUCGCAGAUGGUCAUCCGGCCUCACAAAACGUUCGACGAGAACGGUUUCGACUACCUGCUGACGUACAGCGACAACCCGCAGACCGUGUUCCCGCGCUACUGCGUCAGCUGGAUGGUCUCCAGCGGCUCUGGCCCUCUUGCAAGUGGCCCCGGUGGCACAGGCAGCCCCCGAGGCGGUGGCGAUGACAUCCUCAGCAUCAACGGAGUGCUUGAAGCCCCCAACAGCAGCUUCCUCCUCGAAGGGGACAUCGUCCGGGCGGAUCCGGCCAGAGCCUUCGCGGCCGCCAGCCCCAAGUGGCCGAAGCGCCGCGGCCUCGUGCAGAUCCCCUACGAGCUCUCGGAGCGCUACG